CGAUUCUCCCUGGCUCGUUCGUCCUUCCCUUCCCACCGGCCGCCACUGUACCGCCGCACACGCGCCUGCGCAGUCGAGUCGAAGCGGUUGCUAGGGGAACAGAGGCCCUAGUGAUGGAGCCGGAAUAAAGCCUUUUCAUGGUGGUGAAGGACGAGCGAGCAGAAGAGGCCGCCCCCGCCUGCCGCGACGGACGGAUCGGCUCCAGUUAGCACAAGAGAGCAGGAUGCCACACAAGAUUGGGUUCAUUGUUAUAAGUUCAUCCGGACAUGAGGAUGGCUUCAGUGCCAAGGAACUGAUGGUGCACGCGCCAACGGUCAAUGGAUGGAGGUCAUCAAGACUCUGCCAAUAUCCCCAAGAAAUAGUCCUCCAGAUGGUGGAACGGUGCCGAAUUCGAAAGCUGCAACUCCUGGCUCACCAGUAUAUGAUCUCCAGCAAAAUUGAGUUCUACAUCAGCGAAAACCUGCCCGAUUAUUUUGCGCCCUACAAAUCGGAACGAUUCCAGAGGCUGGGUUAUGUCUCCCUUUCCGAUAACGAAAAGACCAGCUAUCGGGCCCGGGAGUUGAAAUCCGUCUACGUGGAUGCAGUCGGACAAUAUUUAAAGUUGACUUUCCACAAAAACUACGCCAAUCGGUACAAUCUGUACAGCCAGGUUGCUCUUGUGGCAAUAAAUAUCAUUGGGGAACCUGCAGAUUUGAGCCCUGAGAACAGCCAGUCUUCCAGGGAGAAGCUGAUCGACCAUUAUCUAGGGAGCAAUUUGGAUGACUCGGCCUUGGACGGGAGCUACCCUGGGAAGGCCGACGCCAUUUCUCCACUGGAUGAUCUGGCCUUUGACAUGUACCAGGAUCCGGAAGUGGCCCAGAUCAUUCGCAAGCUGGACGAGAAGAAGCACGAAGCGGUGCGCCAGGAACACUACGAUCACGCCAAGAAGCUCAAGCAAGCCAUCGCAGAUCUGCAGAAGGUCGGGGAGCGGCUGGGACGCUACGAGGUGGAGAAACGGUGUGCCGUCAAGAGGGAGGACUACGACUUGGCCAAGCAGAAGAAGCAGCAGAUGGAAGACUAUCGUGUCAAGGUCUACCAGCAGUUGGAGCUUCAUAACCUCUUGGACCCAGAUCUCGCGAUCCGGCGGCUACCUGACCUGCCACUCGAGCCUGUGGCUCAGCCCACCACGACCCUCCAGCAGAAGAAGCCCCUGCCGUCCCCCUGGCGGGAGAAAGCUGAGCCAGAGAGCCCCGCCUCCUUGCCCCCCGAGAAGCCCCCCGAAGUCCCCUCGCCUGAGCCGGCCCCUUCUCAGGCCUUCUCUCCCCCGCUGGCACGGGCGGCUCCCAACGCUGCAGAGGCCUUCCCGAAGAUCAGCGUCGAGUUCUUACCUUACGACGAGCGGCCCCUCCCGGCCAUCCGCCGGCAGCAGGAGGAGGGCUUUCCCUUGCUGGAGCCCGAGAUGACCGAGGAAGAGGCCGGGGACACGGCCAGGGGCGGGGCGGUGGGCGACCCGGAGCCUCUGACCGAGAAGGCCCUGCGGGAGGCCAGCACCUCCAUCGACGUCUUCGGGGAGACGCUGGUGGCCGGCGCCUACUCCAAAACCUGGUCGUAUCGCGAGGACUCGUUGCUGGCCAUCUACAAGAAAAUGAUCGAGGCUCCCACCAGCACCCCCAAGGAGGAGCUCAAGAACAUGCUCCGAGGGGCCGUCUUCCUCGUCGUGAGGGCCAUCAAAGAUAUCGUCUCUUCGGUUUUCCACGCCUCCUUGAAGCUCCUGAAAAUGAGCAUCACACAGUACAUCCCCAAGCACAAACUGGGCAAGCAGGAGACCGUUUUCUGCCUGGAGCGGACCUUCCCCAACCUCCUCUCCCGCACGGGGGACUCCUCGGCCCGCCUUCGGACAGCCUCCGCCAACUUCAUCCAGGAGAUGGCCCUUUGCAACGAAGUGAAGCCUCUGCAGAUCAUCCCUACCCACCUGGUGCAGCCCCUGAGGCCCCACUGCCCUACACACCUCGCCAUGAGCCAGGUGGAGCUGGUGGAACGCUUGCUGAAACACCUGGGCACCGAGAACUCCGGCUUCACGGUCGAUAACGUCAUGCGAUUUGCCACAGGAGCUCUGGAGCACCGUGUCUUCGAGGUGCGGGAAACGGCUCUCCGGAUCAUCUUGGACAUGUAUCGGCAGCACCAAGACAACAUCCUGGAUUAUCUGCCCCCCGACGACGCCAACACCCGGAAGAAUGUGCUGUACAAGACCCUGUUCGAUGGCUUCGCUAAAAUCGACGGCCGACUGACCGACGCUGAGCUCAAAGCCCAGAAGAAGUCAGCGACUGAGGAAGCAGAGAAGGAGAAGAAAGAUGAGAUCAAGGCCUUGCAAGGUCAAGUGGCAGCCCUGAAGGAGAUGCAGACGGACGCCCAAGCCGACAAGGAAAAAGACAGGGAUUUGCAGAAACCGUCCAAGAAGGCUGCCCAGCCCGUCCCGGCAGAUCCUCUGGAUGACCACUCAUCGGUUGCCAACUACCUGGACAACCUCUGUAUCUUUUGUGGGGAGAGAGACGACUCCUUCACCGAGGAAGGGCUGGACCUCCAUUACUGGAAGCACUGCCCCAUGCUGACCAGGUGUGACUUCUGCAAGCAGGUGGUGGAGAUCGCCAGCCUGACCGAGCACUUGCUGACAGAGUGUGAGAAGAAGGACAACUUUGCCAAGUGUUCCCGUUGCUGCGAGGCCCUGCCGAAGGAGGAGCUGGCCCGGCACGUCAAGGGGAGAUCCUGCAACCCGGCCAAGUCUGAGAAAGUGGCCAACCGCUGUCCGUUAUGCCACGACAAUUUUACCCCAGGCGAGGAGGCCUGGAAGGUGCACCUGAUGGGCAGAGACGGCUGCCGCAUGAACCCGAGGCGCUUGCCUUCUCUGAACAAGACCUUGCCCACGCAGACCGUCACCGGCCGGGCUGGCGGAACCGUCCUGAACCGGUCGGGACCCCUGGGAGUGAAGCUGCGGUCGCCCACGGUGGGGAGCAAAAUCCCCACCCCACGAGGAGGGUUGAAUAAAAAUACUGGCAGAACGUAUGCAAAGCGAUGACGCCGAUCCCUUCUUUGCCCUCCCGCCCCCCCCCCAGGGGCCACGUACUCUUUCUUCCACUGCAGUAGGGCUUGCGUUAGGGGGAGGGCCCAGCAGCGGUCUGAAAGGGGCUGUCCUCCGCCAAUGCCCCCCCCACACCUCUUAUUUACAACAUCUGCACUCCAAUAUCUAUAUAGGAUAAUGGGGUUGGAAGGGGCCUUGGAGGACAUCUAGACCAACCCCCUGCUGAAGCAGGAGACCUUAUACCAACCCAGUCAAAUGGCUGAAGACACCCCCCCCCCCCAGGGAUGGAGGGCAGUCUCUUCCAUUGCUUCACAGGUCUCACAACCAAGACAUUUCUCCGUAGUUCUAGGUUGCUUCUCUCUUUAAUGGUCUUCCAUCUGAUUCAAACAUAGAAUCACAAGACUGGAAGGGACCUUGGAGGUCUUCUAGCUCAACCCUCUGUCCAUGGCAGGAGACCUUAUAGUAUCCCAGACACAUGGCUGUCCAGUCUCUUCUUAAAAACCUCCAGCGACGGAGCAGCUACAACGUGGGUACCCCAAGAUUGCACCUGUAAGGUGGGGCGGUGUAUAAAUUUAACGAAUCAGUAAAUAUUCCCUAGGUGAGUAAUUAAAACCAAGGCAGAAGGCAGAUUAGAAGCUCCUAUCUCUGGCAGAUAGUAGAGCUGUCAGAAUUUGUAAGAUGUGUUGCUUAAGGGUAGGAACCCUUAAAGGGCUUUUCAACACACUCCACACUCUUUCCCCGGAAGGCAGGCCAAACAGAGUCCUGCAAAGUAAAAAAUUAAACCUGCGAAUGGCCAAGGCCUUUUGGCAAUAGCAGCCAACUCCUGACCCUAAGGGUCAAGCUUUCCCCAUUGCCCAGCCUGGCAAAAUCUGAAAAUUUUUCCUUGCAGGCUUGAUCAAAAAGAAAAAAUAAUGCAGGGGUUUUUUUGGCAUUAUUUUGGCUUUUUAUGCCUCAAGGAGCGGUUGGGUGGGUUAAUUAUGAUGUCCUGAAAGUCACCAAAAUGGAGUUAACUUUGUUCAGGGUUGCAGCCCUGUCAGGAGCCUAUCCAGAGAAAUAAAAAGCAGUUCCCUUUUUCGAAGGCAGGAAAGGUUUUAUAAACAACUGAGCAAAGGAAGUAGAAAUUAUGCAUAGAAUCCUAAUCAAGUAAAGAAAAAUCUCUUCUUGGUCUUAUCCUUCCAAACCUCGCUUGAAAAGACGGGUAGCGUUUUUUGUUUUUAUUUUUUUACAAAAAGGCAUUUUUUUAAAAAAAACAAAUUGAUUUGUAUCUCUUUGAGGUAUCUCAACCAAGGGCUUAUGCACAGGUUUCUGAAAUGCAUCAAUAUAUAGAAAAAUACUGUUUUCUGACAGAUACCUCAGUCUCCUUAUGUCAUCUCCCCAUCCUAUCUUAAUUUGCUCAGGACAGGCAAGAAUCUUAUUUUAAGAGGGUUAUUAAAUCAAACCAGGUUGCAGGAAAUCAGCAUUCCUUUUUUUAAAGGGCACUCCAUGAAGAUCAGGGUUUAUGACUUGAUUGGGGGGGCUCCGCUGAGCCACUUUGUCUGGGGUUGGGGUCCACAUGUAGGAAUUGUAACGAGCACUUUCUAUUAUGCUGUGAACCCGCUUGCUAUUUAUUGUCCUCUAUGACAAAACAGUUGGGAAAGAAAGAUUAUGGAAAAUCAAAAAGUACCUUCUCCAUCAUCUGCGGGCCUUGUGGAGAAACCUCUGGCCCGUCUCAAAGUUUGAAAAGCACAUCUUGUGGGGGGGGGGAAUCCUUUCAAUUCGCCAAAGUGGAGCCCUACCUCAAAGGAAUCGGUUAAGUCCUUGAGGGAUGGGGGCCGUUUUUAUUCCGACUGUUUUAAGAGCAAAUAAGCUGGAUAGCAGGUCUGAUUCCAGAAUUCUGCUGGCACCGUGCUACAUAGAAUCACGUUACACUCCUGUUUGUAUUUAACUGAUAAUAAAGCUCUGAAUUUCAGCUAA